UAUCAAUGUACCCUCAAGGCCCCAUUGCCAUUAAGAAGAAUAAGCAAAAGAGGAUCAAACUGUUGGAGAGCAUUAAGAAGGAUAAGGAACUAUGGAAGCAGACUAAGGACCAAGUGAAACUAGAACAGAUUAAGGAAAAAGAAGAGAUGAUCCGUAAAAUUGAGAAGCAGCAAGAAAUGGAAGAGGAGCUCCGGAUGGAAAAGGCCAAGUUAGACCAUAUCAGUGAUAAAUAAAAGAGAAAUUGAAGAGCAGAACAGAAAAAGAGAGGUAGAAGAAGAAGCUAGGAAAUAAGCUUAAUAAAGAAAAACUUAAGGAUGAAAUCCGAAGGAAGAAGCUCAAGAUCGCCCAACAGAAAGAAACUGAAGCACUUGCACAGCAGUACAGGAUAGAACAACAAAGGAGAGAAGAAGAAAACCGGAAGAAAGAGGAGGAGAAAUAAGCGUCUUGAAGAAGAGGAGGAUCAUCGAUUAGAAGAGCAAAGACAAUUAAUGCAAAAGCAUAUUGAAGAACAAAAAGCGAGGCUUGCUAAAUAACCCCAGUCGGACCUCCCGUAACUCACAUCUAGGCACUGAUGAGGAGCUAGAAUUGGCUAAGAGGAAGAAAAUGAAUUUUAACAUUCUUGAGAACCUGAAGAAAAGAGAGAAUAAGCCGUCCCUGCUUGAGAAUUCCUUCCUAGAAAAACGGGAGAAAAUUUUGAAAAAGAAAGAAAGGAUUGAGAAGAAGCAUGCAACUUCAUUAUCACCAGUGAAGCCGCAGAAGCCGAAAUAAGUUUUCAAAGAAUUCUCCGAACAACUCUAAUAAACUUCGUGAGUAUCGUGACCAGAAGUUGCCACCUAUUAACCUGAAGUCUACACAAAGAGAGAGCCUGGAAAGGUCAAGUCUCAAUGGAGGAAUCAAGACGAAGAAAAACCAGCUUAAGAAGAAAAUCACUUUGAAAAGAAUAGAGUUGUCUUCCUCAGUUGAAAGGGAACAGAUGGAUAAUGUGAUAAAAAGGAAUAACAAAAUUGAGCUCUUUAACCGCCUUAAGCUCCUCGACUCUAUCGGAGCAAAGGACGAGCGACAGAUCGGACCCCUCCGCAUGGGGUAUAAGAAGAGCAUUAAUGUGAGCAUCAAUCCUAUGCGGGAAGAAUCUCAGCCUUAUGACCGAUAUCCUGAGAGCCAGAGUUUGCAAACCCAAAGUUUUGAUGGAUAUAAGGCGAGAAAGCAAAGGUAUAGCAAGAAUGGGUCCCUAGAGCAAACACCUUUAGCAAUGAACUACCAGAAUGGUUCUUUUAAUACAAAAUUCCGGACCCGAAGGGCUACCAAAGAUUAUGCAACAGAGAGCACAGGUGUUACCUCUGCUGAGAAAAUUACACUAGAAUCAAAAAGAAGAAUGCAAUCUCUGAUAGAGCUUAAGGCUAGUAAGAACUUCACACCUAAAAACAAGAUUCCUAAUGACGAUAUUGAUUACUUCCAGAAUGACUCCCCAGGCCUAGUUCUCAAUGUACUGGAGAACGACCAGAUCUCCUCAAAAUACUCUAUAAGGACAGGGAAAAUAAAGUCUAAAGCUACUAUUUCAAAAGAACUUCUUGCAAGGGAGAUCGAUAUGCUCAAUGAAGGAAUCGACCCAGCCUUUCACUACUUCAGUCAGGAUUUUGACGAGCUAGCUGGACAUAAAGACCUGACCAAGAAUGCUACAGAGUGGAAUCAGAAUAUAUCACCGAGUUAUCUAUUAGGGCUCAAAAUCAAGCAGCGGCAGAAAGAGUACUGGAAAAAGAGGAUUAGGAGAGAUUUCAGCCCUGCCCUGUAUCACAAGGAGAAGAAGUCCAGAUAUGACGACUUUAGCCUCAUCCAAGAGCUUGAGAAGGUAGAAGAAAGGGAUAGCUCUAGGGGCCGAGUCCGGCUCAAAAAACUGUAGAUUCUUUAAUUU